AUUAUUGUGGACAUACAUACAUACAUACAUGGAAUCUCAAACUGUGAAAUGGAAACACUAUUUUCUCUAUCUCGCCUUCAUCUAUGCCAUCCUCUACUUUCUCCACACCAAUUUACUGCUCAACAACCGACCUAUUCGCAUCAAGAAGUGGCCUCAUCUUCCUCUCAGGUUCCGCCACGAUGGUACUUUCAAGAUCCUCCAGGUCGCCGAUAUGCAUUUCGGCUCUGGUCUUCUCUCCCGCUGCCGAGACGUGCUGCCGUCCCACUUCCAUUACUGUUCCGAUCUCAACACAACUCGAUUUCUUAAAACCAUGAUUCAGCUUGAAAAACCUGACUUUGUUGCCUUUACGGGGGACAACAUAUUUGGUCCAAGCACAACUGAUGCUGCUGAAUCUCUACUAAGUGCCUUUGGUCCAGUAAUGGAAUCAGGAAUCCCAUGGGCAGCUGUAUUAGGAAACCAUGACCAAGAAUCUUCGAUGACUCGUGAAGAACUGAUGUCUUUCAUCUCACUAAUGGAUUACUCACUGUCACAAACUAAUCCACCUUCUAAAGAUAUCAAUAAUGUCAAAAGAGGCAUGUUCUUAGAUAUUGAUGGCUUUGGAAAUUAUAAUCUCAGUGUUUAUGGUGCUCCAGGUUCCCAUUUGGCAAACAGUAGUGUCCUCAACCUUUUCUUUCUUGAUAGUGGAGACAGGGAGACGGUUCAAGGAGUUCGAACUUAUGGAUGGAUUAAGGAAUCUCAACUUAAUUGGCUUCGCAGUGCUUCACGGGAACUUCAGGUUCAAAAUGAAGAGGUCAAAUAUGUAAUAAAAACUCAGCCUGUGGAUGCGUCAGCAGCGCUGGCAUUUUUCCACAUUCCAAUUCCAGAGGUUCGGCAAUUAUACUACCAAAAGUUUGUUGGUCGGUUUGGGGAGGGUGUGGCUUGUUCAUCGGUGAACUCAGGGGUCUUAAAGACAUUGGUCUCCAUCAAAGAUGUAAAAGCUGUUUUCAUAGGCCACGAUCAUACUAAUGACUUUUGCGGGAAUUUAGAGGGAAUAUGGUUUUGUUAUGGUGGAGGCUUUGGGUACCAUGGCUAUGGAAGAAUUGGCUUGGCAAGGAGAGCUAGAGUCAUAUUGGCUGAACUUAGGAAGGGUGAUAAGGAAUGGAUGGGAGUGGAGAGGAUCAAGACAUGGAAGCGUCUUGAUGACGAGAAUCUGAGCAAGAUUGAUGAGCAAGUCCUGUGGGAGUUGUCGCCAUCUAGAUGAUUCUCUUUCCAAGUAGUGAGGUACUUCAUAUCUGUAACCAAAUCAUGCUGUAAUAUAUGUGCUGUGGUUUUCUUUUGAUUUAAUUGUUUUUAUAGUCUCUUUUUCUUUAUUUUCCUCUUUUUUAAAUAGUUUAAGAUUUGCUAUUUUAUAGUUGUUACAUUUAUUUCCUUUUUCUCUCAAACCUUUUGAAUAUACAAGGAAUUAUAUUCUCAAUAUAUAUAAAUGACAUUCAAGAUUUAGAGGAUCUUUGUGAUUCAA